AUGGUGUCUCUGCUGGACAACAUAGCCAGACCUUCUGCUAUCAUCUUGCAGUUGUCUGUGGUGCUUGGUGUCAUCUUCGUGCUGCUGAAGGUGGCCCAGUUCUACCAGAAGAGGAAGAAACUCAUCAAAGCUCUGGAGGCAUUCCCUGGUCCUCCAAAACACUGGCUCUAUGGCCACAAUCACCUGAUAACUGCUGAAAAAAUGUUGUAUCAAAUACAGUCAUGGGGAGAAGAAUACCCCUAUGCCUUUCACAGAUGGCAUGGACCAGUCAUGCCUUCUCUAAUAAUCCACCAUCCUGAAUAUGCCAAAGUCAUACUUGCCCAAACAGACCGCAAGCCCAAAAUACCUUACAGAUUCUUAGCUCCCUGGAUUGGGCAGGGGCUGUUGAUCUUGGAAGGACCCAAAUGGUUCCAGCAUCGGAAGAUGCUCACCCCAGCCUUUCAUUAUGAUGUGCUGAAAUCUUAUGUGACCCUGAUGUCAGACUCAGUCAAAGUGAUGCUGGAUAAGUGGGAAAAGAAAGCAGAGAGGAAAUCAGUGGAGCUCUUUCAAGAUAUCAGCUUGAUGACUCUAGACAGCAUCAUGAAAUGUGCCUUCAGUUACAACAGCAACUGUCAGACUCAGAGCAACUCAGACCAUUACAUCAGAGCUGUUUAUGACCUGAGCUACCUCGUGAGCCACAGAAUCCGGAAUUUUUCUUUCACUGAUAUCUUCUAUGACUGGACUCACAAAGGCCGUGAGUUUCAGGAUGUCUGCAAACUGGCCCAUGACCACACAGAUAAGGUAAUAAAAGAAAGAAAGAUGUUGCUCUCCAGUGAGAAGGAACUUGACAAGAUCCAGAAGAAGAAACACCUAGAUUUUCUGGACAUUCUUCUUUGUACCAAGGAUGCAAAUGGAGUGGGGCUCUCUGAUGAGGACCUGCGUGCUGAAGUGGACACCUUCAUGUUUGAGGGUCAUGAUACCACAGCCAGUGGGAUCUCCUGGCUCUUUUACUGCCUGGCAUUACAUCCAGAGCAUCAGCAACGGUGCAGGGAGGAGAUCCAAGGGAUCAUGGGAGACCGAGAUACUGUUGAAUGGGAGGACCUGGGGAAGAUGACUUACAGCACAAUGUGCAUCAAGGAGAGCAUGCGCCUGUUCCCACCGGUUCCCUCCGUGUCCCGAUACACCUCCAAACCCGUCACGUUUGCCGAUGGACGCAGCUUGCCAGAAGGCUGCCACAUUUCACUGAGCAUAUUUGGUAUUCACAGGAACCGGGAUGUGUGGGAAGACCCCGAGAAGUAUGAUCCCCUGAGGUUUUCUCCAGAGAACUCAUCACAGAGGCAUUCCCAUGCUUUCCUGCCUUUCUCUGCUGGACCCAGGAACUGCAUUGGGCAACAGUUUGCCAUGAAUGAGAUGAAGGUGGCUCUGGCCCUGACCCUGCUCCGCUUCGAGCUCUGUCCCAACGCCUCCAAGCCUCCCAUGCUGCUACCACAGCUGAUCCUCAGGUCUGGCAACGGGAUCCACCUGUACUUGCAGAAGAUUCACUGACCCUGUGACUGGGGUACCACAG